GCGCCCGCCCCUCCCGCGCCCGGCGACGGGCACAUGCACUGUGCGGCGCGGCGGCGGGAUGGCUCCGGCUCCGGUCCCGGCUCCGGCCCCGGCGGCAGGCGCUGAGCCGCGGCCCCCCGCGCUGCUGCCGCUGCUGCUGCCGCUGCUGCCGCUGCUGCUGCCCGGCCGAGCCGCCGGCCUGGAGGUGCAGCGCAAGUUCCUCUCGCCCACCCUCACCAACAACUUUGCGCUGGACGGCCCCGGCUCCCGCGUUUACCUGGCGGCCGUCAACCGGCUGUUCCAGCUGUCGGGGGGCGAGCUGGCACUGGAGGCGGAGGCGGCGGUGGGGCCGGUGCUGGACAGCCCGCUGUGCCACGCACCGCAGCUGCCGCAGGCCUCCUGUGAGCACCCCAGGGUGCUCACCAACAACUACAACAAGAUCCUGCAGCCCGACCCGGAGCAGGGCGUCCUUGUCGUCUGCGGCUCUAUCUACCAGGGCCUCUGCCAGCUGCGCAGCAUGGCAAACAUCUCGGCAGUGGCCGUGCGCUUCCCGCCGGGCGGGAGCGACUCGGUCACUGUCUUCCCUAGCAUGCUGAACGUCGCGGCCAACCACCCCAACGCCUCCACCGUGGGGCUGGUGCUGCGCCGCGGCGGCGGUGGCGGGGCGCGGCUGCUGGUGGCCGCCACCUACACUGGCUUCGGCAGCCCCUUCUUCCCCCGCAACCACAGCCUGGAGGACCACCGCUUCGAGAACACGCCCGAGAUCGCUAUCCGUGCCCUCAACGCCCGCGGCGACCUGGCCAAGCUUUUCACCUUCGACAUCAACCCCUCCGACGACAACAUCCUCAAGAUCAAGGCGGGCGACAAGGCGCGGCACAAGCUCAGCUUCGUCCGCGCCUUCUUGCAGCACGGGGCCGCGCCGCCCGCCCGCCGCCCGUACGCCUACCUGGCGCUCAACAGUGAGGCCAACGCGGGCGACAAGGAGAGCCCGGCGCACAGCCUGCUGGCCCGCAUCUGCCUGGGCGAGCCGGCCGAGGCCACCCUCAACGGCAGCGGCGAGACCAAGAAGCUGACCGAGUCCUACAUCCAGCUGGGGCUGCGCUGCGGCGGCGCCGCCGACGCCUUCACCCGCCUCGUCUCCGUCUUCCCGGCGCGGGCAGCUUGGCGCAGCCCCGCCGCUGCUCCCGGCCCGGCCCCGGGCCCGCCGCCCCCCGAGGAGCUGCUCUUCGGCGUCUUCGAGCGGGCCGGAGCCGGCGGCGCCCGGGGACGACCGCAGUCCGCGCUCUGCGUCUUCCGCUUCGCCGAGAUCGAGGAGACGAUCCGGGCCGCCCGCAACUCCUGCUUCGUCAGCCCGGCCGCCGGCAUGGUUACCGUGCUGGACAGCGUGGUGCAGGGCACCGGCCCGGCCUGCGAGAAGAGAAAUAUACAGCUGCAGCCGGAGCAGCUGGACUGCGGAGCCGCGCACCUGCAGCACCCGCUGGCCAUCGUGAACCCCGUCACGGCCACCCCCGUCUUCACCCACAGCGGCCUGACCGCCGUGGCCGUGGCCAGCGUCAACAACUACACCGUGGUGUUCCUGGGCACGGCCGGUGGAGGACUCCUGAAGAUAAACCUGGACAGUACGAUGAAGGUUAUUAGCAGGAGAUCCAUCUCAGUGGCUUACGGAGAGCCUGUCCAUCCCAUCAUGCAGUUUGACCCUUCUGAUUCCACUUACCUCUACCUGAUGACCUCUUACCAGAUGACACGGGUGAAGGUGGCUGCCUGCAGCCAGUACUCGACGUGCGCGGAGUGCCUGGCCGCCGCCGACGCCUACUGCGGGUGGUGCACCAUGGAGACCAGGUGUUCUCUGCAGCAUGAGUGCACCAACUUCACGGGGGCCAACUUCUGGGCGAGUGUGAGUGAGGGAGUGCAGCAGUGCCCUUCCAUGACCAUCCUGGAGCCUGAGAUCAAUAUUGACAAAGAGAACCCGGCCCUGAUAAUACAAAUAAAUGGAACUAUCCCGAACUUGAAUGGAACAAAUAUUUCAUGUGACUAUGGAAACAACAUCCACACGGUCGCCAGAGUCGCUGGGGAUUAUGUAAACCAAUUUAUUUAUUGCAGUUUGCUUCCACACGAGAAAUAUCCAGCAUUUCCUGAUGACCAAGACCACGUGGUCGUUGAAACUUCUCUCCGGGUCAACAACAAAAACAUAAUCCGGGCCAAUUUCACCAUCUAUGAUUGCAAAAGGAUUGGGAACAUUUACCCGAAGAGAGCGUGCACCAGCUGCCUCUCAGCCAGGUGGAAGUGCCACUGGUGCCCCUCCACCUACAGCUGCGUCUCCAACCGCUCACAGUGUGAGGACGCGCUGCGGAUGGAGCAGAAGAAAAUUGACUGUCCUCAAAUUGUACCUGCCCCUUUGGAGCCGAUGCCCACGGGUGUAUCUCGGAACAUCGUGAUCUCACUGGCCAAUGCAACUUUCUCUAAGGAGACAGCUCUGGAGUGCCAUUUUGGGACAGACGGGACAUUUGAAGCCCAGUGGGUGAACUCCUCUGCCGUGGAGUGUGUCCAUGUGCUGCUCCACACAUCAGAGAAAAGCCAUCGCUUCCCAGUGAACCUCCAGCUGAAGGACAAACCAGACAGAUUUAUCGACAGUCCAGAGAUGAUGACAGUGGAGGUGUACAACUGCGCGACCGGCAGCGCCGACUGCUCCCAGUGCUUGGGGAGGGAGGACCUGGGCCACCGCUGCCUCUGGAGCGAGAGCAGCUCCAGCUGCAGGCUGCAAACCGAGCCCCCGCAGGUCUCUGAAGUCUGCCCACCGCCUGAGAUCCGCAAGAUCGAGCCGCUGCGCGGGCCCCUGGAGGGGGGCACGCUGCUGACCAUCCGCGGGAGGAACCUGGGCCGCCGCUUCAGCGACAUCGCGGGCGCCGUGCGGGUGGGCGGCGUGCGCUGCGCCCCGCUGCCCGGCAGAUACGUCGUCUCUGAGACAGUCGUGUGCCAGACCGGAGAGGCUCCGGAGGCGUUUUCGGACGUGGUCACGGUUAACGUGAGCCGGGAAGGGAGGUCCAGGGAACGGUACUCCUACGUGCUUCCCGUGGUGCAGUCCAUAGCUCCUCUGAAUGGCCCGAAGGCAGGAGGAACAAGAGUGACCAUCACAGGCAGCAGGCUGGAUGUCGGCUCAGAGCUCCGCGUCCUCAUCAACUCCUCCAAGCAGUGCACGGACCUCAGCCGCACCGACAGCACCAUCACCUGCACCAUGCCCGCCGUGGAGCUCACCACGGCUGUGCCAGUCUGCGUGCAGUUCGAGAACAAGUCUUGUGCCAGCCACAACAUCACUUUCAAGUAUGAGAAGAACCCGGUUAUAUCAGACAUCAACCCCAAAAAGAGCCAGAUCAGCGGGGGCAGGAUCAUCACCCUGGAAGGAAGAGGAUUUGGGCUGGUGCAGAACGUGUCCAUGGCUGUCCGUGGCAUCGGCAGAGAGCACACGCGCUGUAAGGUGCACUCUGACACGGCCAUCACCUGCCCCUCUCCUGCUGCCUCCAACGUCACUGUGGGGAGCAAGCCAGCCCCUGUGGAUUUCUACCUCAACGGGCGCCUGUACACGGACGAGCGCGCGGCUCUGGAUGAGGACAUGUACCCCGAGGAGGCCCUGCACGUCAGCAAAUUCAGCCUGGGCUACUACGCUGACCCCCAGUUCUCCACAGCCAAGAAGGAGAAGUGGAUCAAGCACCAUCCUGGCGAGCCCUUAACUCUGGUCAUACACAAAGAGCCUGACAGCCUGGGCCUGGAGAGCAAUGAAUACCAGGUGAAAAUCGGCCUGAUCUCGUGCGAGAUCCAGAUCGUUUCAGACAAAGUCAUCCACUGCUCCAUCAACGAGUCGCUGAGCUCCUCGGAAAGGCAGCUGCCGGUGACGAUCCAAGUUGGAAAGUUCAACUACACAAUUGCCAUGCUGCACCUUGGGGGAGGAGAAACCGCGAUCAUUGUGUCCAUCGUUAUCUGCAGCAUCCUGCUGGUCCUCUCUGUUGUUGCUCUCUUUGUGUUCUGCACAAAGAGCCGCAGAGCUGAGCGCUACUGGCAGAAAACCCUGCUCCAGAUGGAGGAGAUGGAGUCACAGAUCCGGGAGGAAAUCCGCAAAGGUUUUGCAGAGCUGCAGACAGACAUGACAGACCUGACCAAGGAGCUAAACCGCAGCCAGGGGAUCCCCUUCCUGGAGUACAAGCACUUUGUCACCAGGACAUUCUUCCCCAAAUGUUCCUCUCUCUACGAGGAGUGCUACAUCCUGCCAUCCCAGCAGCUCAGCUCACAGGUGGGCUCCCAGGUCCAGGAAACACAUCCACUCCUGGUGGGGGAGUGGAAGAUCCCUGAGAACUGCAGACCCAACAUGGAAGAAGGAAUUUCUCUGUUCUCCACCCUACUCAACAACAAGCACUUUCUCAUUGUAUUUGUUCAUGCUCUUGAACAACAGAAGGACUUUGCUGUCAGAGACAGGUGUAACCUGGCCUCCCUGCUUACUAUUGCAUUGCAUGGGAAACUGGAGUACUACACCAGCAUCAUGAAGGACCUCUUGGUGGAUCUAAUAGAUGCUUCAGCUUCCAAAAACCCCAAGCUUAUGCUGAGGAGGACCGAAUCUGUGGUGGAGAAGAUGCUCACCAACUGGAUGUCCAUCUGCAUGUACAGCUAUCUCAGAGAGACAGUUGGAGAGCCCUUCUUCCUGCUGAUCUGUGCCAUCAAGCAGCAGAUUAACAAGGGUUCCAUCGAUGCCAUUACAGGGAAGGCCAGGUACACCCUCAACGAGGAGUGGCUGCUGAGGGAGAACAUAGAGGCAAAGCCCAGGAACCUCAACGUCUCCUUCCAAGGCUGUGGGAUGGACUCCCUGAGUGUCAGAGCCAUGGACACGGACACACUGAGUCAAGUGAAAGAGAAAAUUCUGGAGGCCUUCUGCAAGAACGUGCCCUACUCCCAGUGGCCAAGGGUGGAAGACGUUGACCUCGAGUGGUUUGCCACCAGCACUGACAGCUACAUCCUGCGGGACCUCGAUGACACCUCGGUGGUGGAGGACGGCAGGAAGAAACUCAACACACUAGCACAUUACAAGAUCCCUGAAGGAGCAUCCCUGGCCAUGAGUUUGACGGACAAGAAGGACACCACGCUGAGCAGAGUGAAGGAUUUGGACACUGAAAAGUACUUCCACUUGGUUCUCCCAACUGACGAAUCCGUGGAACAUAAGAAGUCCCACAGACAGAGCCAUAGGAAGAAGGUUCUUCCAGAGAUCUACCUGACACGGCUGCUCUCCACCAAGGGGACACUCCAGAAGUUCCUGGAUGACUUGUUCAAAGCCAUUCUCAGUAUCCGAGACGAUAAACCACCCGUGGCUGUGAAGUAUUUCUUUGACUUCCUAGAGGAACAGGCAGAGAAGAGAGGGAUCACAGACCCUGACACUCUGCACAUCUGGAAGACCAACAGCCUACCGCUGAGGUUUUGGGUCAACAUCCUGAAAAACCCCCAGUUUGUGUUCGACAUCGACAAGACAGACCACAUCGACGCCUGUCUGUCGGUGAUCGCCCAGGCCUUCAUCGAUGCCUGCUCGCUCUCCGACCUGCAGCUGGGCAAGGACUCCCCGACCAACAAACUGCUGUAUGCCAAGGAGAUCCCCGAGUACCGGAAGAUAGUGCAGAGAUACUACAAGCAAAUCCACGACAUGCCCCCUCUGAGUGAGCAGGAGAUGAACGCCCACCUGGCCGAGGAGUCACGGAAAUACCGCAAUGAGUUCAACACCAACGUCGCCAUGGCUGAGAUAUACAAAUACGCCAAGAGAUACCGCUCCCAGAUCGUGGCCGCCCUGGAUGCAAACCCCACGACAAAGCGCACCCAGCUCCAGCACAAAUUUGAGCAAGUGAUUGCUCUCAUGGAGGACAACAUCUAUGAGUCCUGCAGUGAAGCCUAGGCUGGCUGCAGCCCUAGAAGUGACCUUUCUUGCAGCACAGUGCCGCAAGGGACCCUGCCUUCAGCCGCAGGCAUACCUUGGUCAUACUCAAACCAGCCUUGUGGAGGGGGUGGGCCUGGCCAUGGCUACGAGUUUGCCUCACUUCACAAGAAGCCACAAGACACCUUUCCGAGCAGCUAAAACUCUUCUGGUCUGCACUGUGGCACCCAUAAUUUAUUUGCUCUUGCCAGCCAGAAAUGGAGUCAUGACCCUUGUGGCAAGCCCAGUUCACCACUUUCCCCUUGGUCAGCACCCAAGCCGUCAGCACUCCGUGCAUCCCUGUGCGUGGUUCCUCGGGACGGGGCUGCAGAGGCUGGAACAACAGACACAAAGCAGAAGGGUCACCUCAGGGAGUAAUGACCACAGACAGCAAAGACCAUCAUAGCCUGAGCUCCCACGCCAUCCCUCCAACAUCCUUGUUUUUCCAACAUCAGGGACUCUUAUCAGCUGUUCACUA